AAAACAAAAACCCCCUUCUACUCCAAACUCCUACUUCCUGGUAGUUUCACUAGAACAGCGCACACGCACGUUUUAGUUCCCUGUUUCAUCAGACAUCUAUAUCACACUUCUCUCUCUCUCAAUCUUAUAUCGCCGGCGGCGUGUCGUCGGGAAUCUGAAAGACCAUAAACAUGGAGGGAGACAAGUACUGGCAGCAGUUCUUGGACGAGACAACAAUGUUCAACAACAUUGUUUUGCGUCAUUUGUUACCCUCCAGUUGGUGGGUCACGCUACCUCAUUUCUUGCAGACUUGGCUUCGUAACUUCGUUGCUGGAACUCUUCUUUACUUCAUCUCUGGACUUCUCUGGUGCUUCUAUAUUUAUUACUUGAAACGCAACGUUUAUGUUCCUAAAGAUGCCAUCCCUUCAAAUAGAGCCAUGCUCUUACAAAUAUAUGUUGCUAUGAAGGCGAUGCCAUGGUACACUCUGCUUCCAACUGUUUCUGAAUACAUGAUUGAAAAUGGCUGGACAAAGUGUUUCUUUAGCAUAUCUGAAGUUGGCUGGUUUGCCUACAUCACGUAUUUGGCUAUGUAUCUUGUUAUUGUGGAGUUUGGGAUUUACUGGAUGCAUAGAGAAUUACAUGAUAUAAAACGUUUGUACAAGCAUCUUCAUGCAACCCAUCACGUCUACAACAAACAGAACACUCUUUCUCCAUUUGCUGGUCUGGCUUUUCACCCACUGGAUGGGAUUCUACAAGCUGUACCACAUGUUAUAGCUCUCUUUCUUGUGCCAAUCCAUUUUAGGUCACACAUAGCCCUCUUAUUCAUCGAGGCUGUAUGGACAGCCAACAUUCACGAUUGCAUCAAUGGCAACCUAUGGCCCAUAAUGGGUGCUGGGUACCACACAAUUCAUCAUACUACAUACAAGCAUAACUAUGGCCAUUAUACCAUAUGGAUGGAUUGGAUGCUGGGAACCCUUCGUGACCCUGAGGAUGAUUCAUGCCAGAAAGCGCAGAAGGUGCAGUAGGCAUGCAUGUAGUAUUUGAAUACCUAUAAUUUCAAUCAAUAAACUGUGCCACAGAAGUGUUAUUUUUCCCCCAUCUUCUCUAUGUUUAUGUUUGUAUUCAAACGGGGAGACUAGUGCAGCAGCUAUGAAGUGAUAAGGAGGUUGGUUUUAUGCUGUCAAAUUUGUUUUACAAGCUGUAGCUCAAUUUGACAUUAGUUUCCUCUUCUUUCCCAAUGUAUAUGAAAUUCGAACCUUUUCUUUCCUUUGAGACCAAAAAAAGAAAGAAAGGGGGAUUUGUACUUGGCUAA